AUGACUACCACCAAUGAAAGAGAUAGCUACAACGUUAAACCUCCAGUCUUCGAUGGAGAGAAAUUUGAUUAUUGGAAGGACAGAAUUGAAAGCUUUUUCCUAGGUUAUGACGCUGACUUACGGAACAUUGUUACAAAUGGUUAUGAACCACCUGUAUCUGCUUCCGGGAAAGCGUGUGAGUUAUCAGUUCUUUGUGGUGCUAAAGUGUGUGUGUUUGGAUUUACCCCUACUGGUAACCCAUUUGCUUUUGGUUCUCCAUCUUUCCAUGCUGUAAUUGAUGAGUACCUUGACGAAGGUCAAGAUCUGGAAGGCGAAUUAUCAAGCCAAAAUGUAGAACCUUCUGAAAAUGGGGAAAUCAAAAAGCUCUACACACAACUGAGGUGUGUAACCAAAGAGAUGAAGGUUGAGAAAAAGAAGAUGGAAAAAAUUGACAAAGGUAAUGUUUCCAUUAUCCCUGAUGAUCUUGGUUUUGAGGAACUUCUUAAAGUGAAGGCUUCGUUGAAAAAGCUUCAGGAUGAAAUUAAGGUGGCAUCAUCUUUGCUCCUCCUUGCAAAGAAACCUUAA